UUUGUUUUGGUGUGUAUUUUUAUCAUUCUUUUGUCAGCUGUUGCCUGUUAGCCAAUUUAUUUUGUUAGUAAGUAUAGUGUACCAAUAAUGAAACUACUUACCACUUCUUCAAGCUGCUAGCAAUAUAAAGCUCUCUCUGUUUUUCUUUUUUCUAAGACCUUGUAAAAGCAUAUAAGAUUGCAUAUGAUGCAUCAGUGGCACCAGUGAUUCAACAAUGCUGCAGUGUUUGUAUUGUUAGAGCUGGUCUAUAUAUAAAGAAAUUAAACAGAUAUAAAUGGGGUUUUGCAAGUCUAUUACCCAGUGUUUAAAAGCAGGUCCAUUAUUUGUGGUUUUUCUCAUCGUAUGCUGUAGAAGCAAUGCCACAAACACAAAGUCAGAUGUGUAUUUAAAUGAAUGGGCUGUUGAGAUAUAUGGUGGGAAUGAUGUGGCUGAUGAAGUUGCAGCUGCACAUGGCUUCGUUAACCAUGGACUGAUAAUAAAGAGCAAAGAUUUUUAUCGCUUUUCUCAUCCAAAGUUAAAGAAAAGAUCAUUGGAUUCUUCAUAUGAACAUCUUCAAAAUCUUCUUACAAAUAAAAAGGUGACAUGGGCAAAGCAACAGAAUGCAAAGAGGCGUGUAAAGCGAGAUCUUGACUUCGAUCCAAAUACUGGUCCAAAUGAUCCUAAGUGGUCUCGGAUGUGGUACCUGGCACCAAGCCAGGACCCGAACAUGGGUGUGGUGGAAGCUUGGAAACUAGGCUACACUGGUAAGGGUGUGUCAGUGUCAAUCUUGGAUGAUGGGAUUGAACACACCCAUCCAGAUCUCCAUGCAAACUAUGAUGCAUCUGCUUCAUAUGACAUGAAUGACCAUGACAGCGAUCCAAUGCCACGGGCUACUUGGACUAAUGAAAACAGACACGGGACUCGGUGUGCUGGUGAAGUAGCCGCUGUUGCCAACAAUGGGGUGUGCUCUAUUGGAAUAGCUUUCGAUGCAAAAAUUGGAGGAAUCCGGAUGUUGGAUGGAGAUGUAACAGAUAUUGUGGAAGGACUUUCACUUUCACACGAAAAUAAUAUAAUUGAUAUUUAUAGCUCUUCAUGGGGUCCUGAUGAUGAUGGAAAGACUGUUGAUGGGCCAGCUAAAUUGGCAUAUAUUGCAUUGAAACAGGGCGUGAACAAGGGGCGUAAUGGUAAAGGUUCUAUCUUUGUGUGGGCAUCAGGCAACGGUGGAAGAUACCAGGACAAUUGUAACUGUGACGGUUACGCCAGCAGCAUCUACACUUUAUCUAUAAGCAGUGCUACUGAACAUGGCACUAUUCCAUGGUAUUCAGAGGCAUGCUCAUCCACAUUCGCUACUACAUACAGCAGUGGUAGUUGGCAGCAUGAAAAUAUUGUUACCACAGACCUGAACCAUGGUUGCACGGAAAGCCACACUGGUACAUCAGCUUCUGCACCGUUGGCUGCUGCAAUUUGUGCACUUGUACUUGAAUCAAAUCCCAAUCUAACAUGGAGAGACAUGCAGCACAUUGUGGUAAGAACGGCAAAACCUGAUGGUUUACACACCAGUGGCUGGAUACAAAAUGGAGCCGGACGGAAAGUGUGCAACUCUUUUGGGUAUGGUCUCCUGGAUGCUCAUGCUAUGGUCCAGUUAGCAAGGAACUGGACCACUGCACCAGAUCAAAAGCAGUGCAACAUUACUGUCAUCUCAGCUGAAGAAAGUCCAAAGUUCCUUAAAUCUACCCGGUCACUAAAGGUUUCUUUUCAGGUAACAAGCGACUGUACAGUUGGGCAACCAGUUGAGAGACUAGAACACGUACAAGCUGAGUUAACACUGCGGAACGAACGCAGAGGCGACUUUACAAUCCUGCUUACAUCACCUAUGGGUACUACUUCACAACUCUUGGAACCGAGAUUGUACGACAGCUCAUCUGAAGGAUUCACUAAAUGGGCAUUCAUGACAACACACUCUUGGGAUGAGGAUCCUCAUGGACUGUGGAUACUGGAGAUACGACAAGGCAAAUCACAAAACUUAGGCACACUAUCUUUAUUCAAUCUUGUAUUGUAUGGAACAAGUGAAAGUGACUGGUCACAACCCCCCACCUUUGCUACAACAACUGAACCUACAACAAAUAACGCCACAAUAUAUACUGAAACACAAACAAGAGUGUAAAAUCAACAAGUCUUGUUUAUUGGAGUGGGUAGUGGGUCUAUCCUAUUAUCAUCGAAUUAACUACUGUUUAUGGGCCUAAUAUAAAUGAGUUUCUGACAAUAUUUUAUGUGUAUAUCAAAUAUUACAACCAACCACCACUGUCAGUGGUACUAACAAAUAUAUAUAUUUUCUUUUUUUAAACUUUUUUUAUUUUUGUGUUUACUCAAUGUAGUUAUUUUCUGAAAUAUUUUUAGUAUAUCUCUGCACUUGCUAUACAUAUAUAUCCAAGGUUAUAGAGUGACAAAAAGUUAUGUUUCGUGAUCUAGUGUUUUAGGAGUAAAAACUUGUAUAAAUGAAAAACAUGUAUUGCUGGUGCAUUUCUUUGCAGUUUUGUGUUACAAUAUUAUUUGCACUUAAAUAUUAACGCUUGCUUGUCCCGCGAGAGUCAUACAGCUUGUCUAAAGAUAAAACCAUACUUUA